GGCGUCCAGGCCGCUGCAGAACGAGCUUUGCAACUUGGAAAGCGCAGGGCGAAGGCCCCACGCCGGUGCACUCCGGGCAGCACCAGGGAGCCUCCAGGCGUCCCGGCCGCCGCAGAACGAGAUUCAGCUUUAGCCUCAUGAGACCUCGUGGCCUACAAAGACGGAGCCAGGCGCCUUCGCAGCCUAAGGGGCUGGGGUGGGGAAAGAGGCCCAGGCACAUGAUGCCCAACCUCCCUGGCCACCAGAGCACCUGACCUACAAAAGCCUUGGGUUUUGCCGAAAGGAGCAAGACCAAUUGCAAAAGCCUGAAAACGUCUUGAGUUUUGCAAUGGCCUCCCCACGCCUGGGCAUCUUCUGCUGCCCCACGAGGGACACAGCCACGCAGCUGGUACUGAGCUUCCAACCGCGGGUGUUUCACGCGCUGUGCCUGGGCAGUGGCGCUCUCCGCCUGGUGCUGGGCCUCCUGCAACUCCUGCCUGGACGCAGAUCUGUGAGUCACACAGGGCCUGCGACGUCCCCACCAGCCUCGGUGCGCAUCCUCCGCGCUGCCAUCGCCUGCGACUUUCUGGGCUGCCUGGGAAUUGUUAUCAGGUCCACGGUAUGGGUAGCCUACCCAGAUUUCAUUGAAAACAUCUCCGGUGUGAAUGGAACUGACAUGUGGCCUGCUGCUUUCUGUGUGGGGAGCGCAAUGUGGGUCCAGCUGUUGUACGGCGCCUGCCUCUGGUGGCUCUUCUGCUAUGCAGUCGAUGUGUACCUGGUGAUCAGGAGAUCGGCGGGACUGAGCACCAUGAUGCUCUACCACAUUAUGACCUGGGGCCUGGCUGUGCUGCUCUGCGUGGAGGGGGCAGUCAUGCUCUACUACCCGUCCGUGUCCAGGUGUGAGAGGGGCCUGGACCAUGCCAUCCCCCAUUAUGUCACCACAUACUUGCCACUACUGCUUGUCCUUGUGGCCAACCCCAUCCUGUUUCACAAGACAGUGACUGCAGUGGCCUCUUUACUGAAAGGAAGAAAAGGUGUUUACACGGAGAAUGAGAGGCUGAUGGGAGCCGUGAUCAAGAGCCGGUUUUUCAAAAUAAUGCUGGUGUUGAUUGCAUGUUGGUCAUCCAAUAUCAUCAACGAAAGUCUUUUGUUCUACCUUGAAAUGCAACCAGAUAUCCAGGGAGACUCUCUGAAACGCAUCCAGAAUGCAGCCAGGACCACGUGGUUUAUCAUGGGAAUACUGAAUCCAGCCCAAGGACUUCUCCUGUCUCUGGCUUUCUAUGGCUGGACAGGAUGCAACCUGGAUGCCCAUCCUCCCAAAAUGGUGAUGCAGUGGGAAGCAAUGACUGCAUCUGCCGAGGACAUGCACCAGUCCCCUGUGGGCUCCCGCGUGCCUCACGGAAAUCCCAAGAAGGUGGCUUGUGCUGGGGGACACGCUUCUGAUGAGGUGGUGAGCGUUCUGUCUGAAGGUGUUGCCCUGGACUGUUGCUCAGAGACCGGAAGUGUUCGAAGUCUUUAAAAAUGAAGGAAGGUCCAACGGGAAAAUAAACAGGGCCAUUGUUCUAAUUUUUCUAUGCAUACGAAUGUUCUGCACAUUUCCUAUGAAUCACAUUAUACAGUAUUUGCCAUUUUCUGUCUGACUUCUUAGCCUAAAAUCUUGAAGGUUCAUUCAGCAGCAAACAUCACUACACAGUUCAUUUAGCUGAGUAAUAUUUUAUUUUUUUUAUUGAUUUUUAUUGAGCUCUACAUUUUUCUAUGCUCUCCUCCCUGCCUCUCCCCUUUCCUUCAGCAUUCCCCCAAGGUCCCCAUACUCCCAACUUACUCAGGAGAUCUUGUCUUUUUCUAAUUCCCAUGUAGAUUAGAUCCAUGUAUAUCUCUCUUAGGAUCCUCAUUGUUGUCUGAGUUUUCUGGGAUUGUGGUUUGUAGGCUGGUUUUCUUUUCUUUAUGUUUAAAAACAAUAUUUUAUUUUUAACAACUCCCGUUGACUGUAAAGAACUCCAACAGACCAUGCAUUAGGAAUGGUGUUGUGCCUUUGCAGCAGUGACCAUAAACACUGCCCUCAUAGUUUAUCGUACACAUUUAAAACAGUUCAAAUUAUUCUUAUAUUGAAUUAAUAUAAGAGUCAUUAAAAGCACUGACUUGAGAAAAGGAUUGGAGGAACAGGAAAGCAAAUGAAAGCAAAAUAAUUUCUGGUGUGGGACAAUGAUCUAUAUUCUGUCAAUUAUAUUUUAAAUAAACACUGAUUGGUCAGUAGCCAGGCAGGAAGUAUAGGUGGGACACCCAGACAGGAAGUAGAGGUGGGUCAAUGAGAACAGGAGAAUAUUGGGAAGAAGGACAUCCUAGUGUGUAAUUGUGACCCAGCCACAGAAGAAGCAAGAAGUGACCACCUCACCAAAUAAGGUACCGAACCAAGUGGCUAGCAUAGACAAGAAUAAUGGGCUAAUAUAAGUUAUAAGAGUUAAUAAGAAGCCUGAGCUAAUGGGCCAAUUCAUUUAUGAUUAAUGUAGACCUCUGUGUGACUUCAUUGGGACUUAACAAUUGUGGGAACCGGGCAGGACAGAAACUCAGACAACAAAUGAUGCCCAUGAGGACAACUGAUCCACAUAAAGUGUGAGAAAGCUUGGGAAGUAAUUCUAGAUAUAAAAUAAUAGAGUUAAGCAUGACUUAUUGAUAGCAGCACUCUCCUGAGUGGGCUCUGCUUGCUAGAGGCAAGCACCCUCAUUUAAGAGAGGCUUCCUGAGGUGGCUCCCUUAACUAAGAUAUGUGCUUCCCUGCUCCCCUAUCCAACCUUCCUUUAUCCCAAUCAUCCUGUUUCCCCAAGCUCCCCCAAUCCUCCCCUUCUCACUUUUCUCUCCCCGUCCCCCCUUAUCCCCAACCCACCCCACCCCCAAGAUCCCAACUUUCUCCCCGGCAAUUUUGUCUACUUCCCAUAGCCAAGAGGAUAUUUAUGUUUUUCCUUGGGUUCACCUUCUUAUUUAGCUUCUUUAGGUUCACCAGGUAUACACUCCGUGACCUUUAUUUAUGGCUAGAUACCAAUUAUGAGUGAGUACAUCCCAUGUUCAUUGUUUUGGGUCUGGGUGACCUCACUCAGGACUAUUUUCAUCCAUUUGCAUGCAAAAUUAGAGAAGUCAUUGUUUUUUACCGCAGCAUAGUACUCCAAUGUGUAUAUAUUCCACACUUUCUUCAUCCAUUCUUCCAUUGAAGGGCAUCUAGGUUGUUUCCAGGUUCUGGCUAUUACAAAUAAUACUGCUAUGAACAUAGUUGUACAAAUGCUUUUGUCAUAUGAUAGGGCAUCUCUUGGGUAUAUUCCCAAGAGUAGUAUUGCUGGGUCCAGGGGUAGGUUGAUCCCGAAUUUCCUGAGAAAUUGAAACACUGAUUUCCAAAGUAGUUGCACAAGAUUGCAUUCCCACCAGCAAUGGA